AUGGAUAAGCCUUCCGAGUCCACCUUACCCCUCCAUCCCAAGGAAGGAGAAAAACAACCAGAUGCGGAGAAGCCAUCUGAGCAGGCCGAUGGAGAGGCGGCAGGCCCGAGCAAGAAUGCCUUGAAGAAGGCCGCAAAGGAGAAAGCAAAGGCGGAGAAGGCUGCCCAACGCGCGGCACAGCAGCAAGCUACGGCACAAGCUAGCCAGGCUGAAGACACGGCGAAGGACUUGUACGGAAAAAUGCCGGAUUUUGCUGAGGUAGAGGAAGUUAUGAACCUCAUGAAGUUGUCGGACGCACAUUAUGAGAAGGAAAUUACUGUUAUUGCUCGUGUGGACAAUGCUCGCGUGCAAAGCGCGAAACUCGCAUUCCUGAUGCUCAGACAGCAAGGAAAGAAAAUACAGGCUGUACUUAGCCUUAAGGAGCCAUUAUCUAGGCAAAUGAUCAAAUGGACUGGCCAAUUGAAUGUCAACUCUAUUGUUCAAGUAUCUGGUAUUGUCAAGAAACCAGAAGUUCCCGUCCAUUCCGCCUCGUUACCACACAUGGAACUCCACAUUACGAAGAUCUAUAUGAUAUCCGAGGCGAUUCCAAUGCUUCCCAUGCAGGUGAAGGAUGCAGAACGACCCCCACCCGAGUCUACCGAAGAAGGACUAGUCGACACCGACGGAACUCCCAUUGUCACUUUGAAAACCCGACUUGAUAACCGAAUUCUUGACCUCCAAACCGAGACAAGCCAGGCCAUUAUGUCAAUUUCAAGUGGCGUGGCUCAGUUAUUCUCCGAAUAUAUGCUGAAGAGUGGUUCAAGGUGGAUCUUUACGUCUAAAAUCACUGGAGCAGCUACUGAAGGUGGUAGCGGUGUUUUUGAGCUUUCUUACUUCAAACGAAAAGCAUAUCUAUCUCAAAGCCCUCAAUUGGGAAAGCAGAUGUGUAUUGCCGGUGAUAUGCUGAGCGUAUUCGAGAUUGGCCCCGUAUUCAGAGCCGAAGAUAGUAACACCCAUCGCCAUUUGACCGAAUUCAUCGGCCUUGAUUUUGAGAGAACUUUCCAGAAACAUUAUCACGAAGUUUUAGAAUUCGCUGAAAAUCUCCUCGUCUUCAUCCUGACUGAGCUGAAGGUUCGAUUCAAGGACGAGAUUGCUGUCGUUCAAAAGUCUUACCCAAAGGCUGGAGACUUUAAAUUACCAAAGGAUGGAAAGGCCCUCCGACUUAAGUAUAUGGAGGCUUUGGGUUUCUUAAAAGACGCCGGCGUGGAUGUCUCCGAACAAGAGAGGUUUGAGAACGACUUCACCACAGCCAUGGAGAAGCAGCUCGGACGAAUCAUCCGAGAGAAGUACGAUACCGAUUUCUAUGUCUUGGACAAAUUCCCAAGUGCUGUCCGCCCCUUCUACACGAAGGCGUGCCCAGAUGACCCCACAUACUCGAACUCUUACGACUUUUUCAUGAGAGGCGAAGAGAUCAUGUCUGGAGCUCAGCGAAUCAACGACGCAAAAGAGUUAGAGGCUGCUAUGAUAGCAAGAGGGGUUGAGCCGAACCAAGAAGGCUUCGAGGAUUAUAUUAAUGGUUUCAGACAAGGCUGUGCUCCUCAUGCCGGUGGUGGAUUGGGAUUGAACCGUAUUGUCCAAUUUUUCUUGGAUGGCCUGCCGUCUUCAAAACGUCUACGCCCUCCUAUCCUUACAGAAGACGAGGAGGUCGACGAGUCAUCGUCCACAAGGCCUCAGCAUCAGCAACCGCGAAGUGACCCAAUAUUCGGCCAAAGACAUGCGUUUCCGGGUUUAGAUGACGGUCCGCAAGAUGGAGAGUUGUUCUAUGGCCCAGCAGAGGAUGGGAUCGAGUAUUUACGGAUGGUCAGGUCUGAAGCUCGAAACCUACCCGUCUUUUUCGUUGCGCAGGAGAAAAUAGAUUCUCAAAUAAGCUCGAAUAAUAAGUCUACAGAGGCAAACGCAACAUCGCUGGAAGGGGUUCAGGUGAUGGAACAGAAAUGGGUUUAUUCAGACGGUGUAUGCGCGGCCGUGUCAAAUACGGCCCAGACGACCUCCUUACCAGCUGAAGACCACGAACUCGAAGACCCACAGGAGCAGUACUACAAUCUCCUCCGACAUCGGUUCCUUCUCUUACGUUCAACGUUAAAAUGCGUUCCGCCAGCAAAACUUAUUGCCGCCCUAGACUCGUCCCAUCCUAUAUCCCUACCUGCCAAUAACCCCCAAGCACGCACAGAAUGGACCGCCCUUGUGAAAAAGGUAGAGCCGCGAAUGGUGCAACUAGCUUGCAUGGACCUCGACAGUGUUUUACGGGUUUUGCGGAUUAUUACAAGGUCCUUGUCUGAAGCUGCGAAAAGUCCAAGCUGUACAUGGACAACACGUGUUGCAGCCUGGGCAUGGGGGCUUCUUGGACGGUGUAGGGAGGUUGGAGAGAUGAGCAGUGAAGAAGUCGGGGAGCUGAGAGAUCUGGGGAAGCGAGCAGGGAAAAUCCUCAUUAAAAUUCGUGAGAAGGAACCCCAGGCUACUUCCUCUUCUGGGACUGAGGGAAGUUACAAGGCCGAUACGCAUAGCUCAGACUGGGAGGAUGGAAACGAAGCGGAAGAGGAGGCAUCCGACAUAGCUAGCGAGAACGACACAUCUCAGGAACAAGGGACUGGUGCAACUGACGGAGUCGUGGGUGUCAUGACUAACUCCGAAGAUGAAAAUGAAGCACUCGAACUUGCAAAGAAAAGGCUGCAAGGAAUGCUGCACGAUAAUACCGAAACAUCUUCUGUGGAGCAGUGUGUUGGUACGGAUUCCCCUGAAGAAGCCAACGGUAACGACAAGGCACAUCAGUUGGAUGAAGUUGAGUGGAAACACAGUGCUCGGGCUAUGCUUGACAUGAUAUUAACCAUUGUUGGCGAGUUUUAUGGCCAGAGGGAUCUACUUGAGCUCCGUGAUAUAUGGGAAGAAGGUGAAGAGGGAUGGUAG